CGCGAAAAUAAUAAAGUUUGUACAUGUUUCACAUCACUUAUUUUCUCUCAGAGCUUAGAAACAACACAAUAAUGCCAUAAUUAUUUUCACGGAGCUUAUAGAGACAACACGAUUAUACCGCGAAGAAAACAAAUAAAAACGUUGGAAAAGGUUGAAAGUGUCUUGUGUUGACGAUAAGUUCGUCUGUUCUUCUUGAAGAGAGCAUCGAUUUUCAAAAAGAACCAAGUCGAGUUUGAUAUCACAUAGUGCAGAAUUAUCUCCAAUUAUUUCAUCUAAAGAAAAUGAAUAUUUCGCCGAAGAAAAGAGCAGAUAAGGAAUCACACUUGUUGGACAACAUGGGUAUCAUACUUUAUAUGAAGAAAGAGUUUCGCCAAGUCACCAACAGCUUCAAAGCACGCGGUAUACUUUAUGCUCUGCUGAAUCUUUCGGACGCACAAAAACAAAAAGGUGUAAUAAUGGCCUCGAUAGGUAAUCACGCAUUGUCUCUUUGUCAUUACGGAGAUAAGCUGAAGAUACCGGUAACAGUGGCGCUGCCAAAAAUAACGCCAAUGACGACGGUCAUGACGUGUCAGGAAUAUGAUCAUGUAAAAGUGCACAUUGAGGGUGACAAUUUAAUAGAAUCUCUAUCUAUUGCAAGCAUCAACCGAGAAACUGCAUUACAUAAAUUUUUAUACGACGAUCUGGAUGUAAUUAUUGGCCAAGGAACUUUAGGCUUGGAAAUAUGCAAUUAAGUCAAUAAUAUCGAUGCGGUGGUGGUACCUUGUGAUGGUGGUGGAUUAUUAGCGAGUAUUGCAUUGGUUAUCAAACGACAUAGUCCAUGGGUGAAAGUUUACGGAGUCGAAGCAGAGAACUAUUCAAGUUUUAGAGAUGUCUUCAAUGAGAACAAAAUGCGUGAAACAAGUAUAAAAACCAACAUAGUUGAUGAACUAGCAGUCCCCACAGUCGGUUCUAAGGCAUUUCAUAUACUUGUAACUGCAGCACGCUGGAAAAAAUUGAUCGAUGGUAUUUUCGCCGUAAAAUACGAAUGGAUAGCAAACGCGAUUGUACAGUUAUUUGAAAAGAAAAAAUAUAUCGUCGACGGUGUUGGAGCGAUCGGUUUAGCGUUUAUGUUAUCUGAAGAGCUCUUAGACGAAUUGAAAGGAAAACGAGUGAUGAUAAUAUUGGCCAACGGUAAUAUCAAUACUACUGUCCUGUCUAAAUGCCUGGGACGAGGAUUAGCCUAUCAGGGUCGCCUCAUAAAAGCUACGUUGCAAACCUCGGAAUUGCUUUUCUCCAAAGCAGAACUCUCCAAGUUGUUAAAAAUGAUGAACAUUUCCUUAUUGAAAAUCACGUACGAGCCAGUUUGGUCAACAUCGGAUAUGUUCAGCGUCGAUGUUCGGAUUAUUUGUGAGAUUCAGAAUCCAGAACAAGUCGAAAUGCUAAGAAAAGUUCUCUUGCAGAAAUACAAACACGUGAAUAUAAAAUACUACGUAAAAUACGCGGCGAGGGUCACCGUAAGACCCGUUAGAAUUAGGCGACACACCCCACGUAGUAACUCUCGUACAACCACACACACUCAAACCGACCCACCUUCUGUAUCACCAUCGAUUCCUCAGGAAUCUCCUCAACAAUCUCCUGAACCCAUUCUUGACCUUUCACCACUUCCUACCCCCAGGUCCAUUUCUCCGAUCCUAGAAGAGCUCCUGGAGUACAGACCCCCUUCGCCUGUCCGUUUCCACUCUCCUCCAGUAGAGGCUCAACUGGAGGAACUCCCACAUAACGAUCCGGAGUUCGACAACAUAUCCGUCAACUCCAAAGCCACCACCAUUGAAUACGUCGAGCCUCCUCCGCAUCUUCCUCACCCUGUAUUCACAGGGUUUGACUUCUUAAAUCUAGUCCUCUCCCCUGAAGAAUAA